UGUAAAAUAUUGAAAUAUUGAAUUUAAUGUAUAAGUAUAUUGAAUAUAUUGAAUUUAAAGUGUAUAGAUGAUGGUCAUUCUUCUUAAAGAGAUGGUUUCAUAUAGGCCUGUAGUUCCAAUUGCUGUAAAUACUUGGUUUUUUCUAUCUAAUAAUCAAUCUCUAAAUUAUCUGGAUUUGUGUGAUUAUUGGUGUAUACCAGCAGUACAGCUCCCUUGGGAAAAUCCAUUUUCAUUAAAAGAUCCUAAAAAUUAUUAUUAUGUUGGAGUUUAUUUAUAUAAUUUGAAAAAUUGGGUUUCAGAUGUCAAAAAAUUCCCACUUUUAGCUGUUUAUAUUAGAUAUUCACGAGAUGAUUUUAUGAUGGUCAUUCUUCUUAAAGAGAUGGUUUCAUAUAGGCCUGUAGUUCCAAUUGCUGUAAAUACUUGGUUUUUUCUAUCUAAUAAUCAAUCUCUAAAUUAUCUGGAUUUGUGUGAUUAUUGGUGUAUACCAGCAGUACAGCUCCCUUGGGAAAAUCCAUUUUCAUUAAAAGAUCCUAAAAAUUAUUAUUAUGUUGGAGUUUAUUUAUAUAAUUUGAGUGAUGAUAGAUAUAAAAAUGCAAUUAAGGGAAUAUGGAAUUAA